CUUCGGUUUUCAGUCGGCAGUCUGGAGUGUAAGCAGCGGUUUGUUAUUUCGAAAUUUUCGUACUAAUUCUCCGAGUUUUGGGACUGUUCUAUAGUGCAACAUCUUCCGCAUAAUUUAUUACGUAUCAUAAGAUAGUUUGUGAGUCGAAAUAGCUGUGCGACGACGGCCGUUUCCGCGGCUGCAUGCGAACACAUCAGUGGUGAUCGAUCAUUAGCAUCAUCAUCAUCAUCAAUGUGACCGUCACCAUUUUCGGCCAUCAUUGUCAGCAUCAGUUUUUGGAUCAGCAGCGGCCAGAGCAGCAGCAGUCGUCCAUCUUUGAAUAUUGUCGAAUGAUCAAAAGCAGCCUGCUGUGUAGUUCGCGUUUUUUCUCGUUAUUCGUUCGCAUUCGUACGCCGUAAAGUGCUGAGGAAGGAUCACGGAGGUUCUCUCGUCGGUUUGGGUCAAGAGUGAAAGCAUUCGAGAAAAGUGUAGUGCAAAUUGUGGAUAGCAGGGAAAAUUUCCCACCUUUCUUUUUUUUUUGUUCUCCAUUUCGAAUGGUCGUCGCAGUUUAUGCGAAAUCAUCGCGGUGUCCCAGGGAAAACUAUCAUUUCCAAACAGGAAAGAGGAAAAUAGUGUUUGCUUGAAAGUUAAGGAGAAACGUUUUCUCCGUUUGUGCAGCCAGCUUGGAUCAGAAACCAGCCAAGAUGAGUUGUCCAAUGCCGGAAAUCGGUUCCUGCAUAUCGUUGAUUUCGAAAGCCGACAUCCGAUAUGAGGGCCUGCUGUUCACCGUGGAUCCGGAUCGUUGUACCAUUGCUCUAGCACGGGUAAAAUCCUACGGAACGGAGGAUCGCGAAACGCAAUUUCCGAUUGCCCCUCAGAAUCAAUGCUACGAUUAUAUCCUCUUCCGCGGGUCCGACAUCAAGGACAUCCGCGUUAUCAACAACAACCCGGUGCCGAACGAUCCGGCCAUAAUGCAGAUGCAACUGCCACCGCAGCAACCGCUUCCGCCGAUGCAGAGCAAACUCGGCCAGCCCGGUUUUCAGCCGCAGCAGGGCUUCAUGAUGCCUCCCAUUGGGCCCGGCGGACCCGGGCCGAUGGGUGGUCCACCACCCGGUCAUCAACCGAUCGGUCAGCCAUACUCGUCGUUCGGCGGAUUGAACAAUCUCGGAGAUUUGAUUAGCGGUGGGGCUGGUGGUGCUGGAGGUGGCGCUGGAACCAGUGGAUCUCGCUCGACGACGCCGAGCAAUUUGCUGUCCCGCAAAAGCCCAACCGUGGAUAUGGGUGUGCAGACGAACCAGCAACAGCAGGGAGCGGGCCAGCAGCAGCAAAACAAUCGUGACGGCAACCGCAGCGGAGGCGAUGGUGGUAACUUGGAUCGUGGAAACAUGCCGAUGCGCAACCGGAACAAUAGCCAGCGCAGCCAAGGUGGUGGACAGCAGCAACAACGCGAGAGACGCGACUCCGGAAAGGUCGAUGGUCAAAUGAAGGAUAACUAUAACAAGAACAUGCAGAGACAAGGAAAUGGUAAUCUGAAUCGUGGCUGGCAUAACAAUCGUGGCAAUAACCAGAAUAUGGGCAAUAACAUGCGUGGUGGUCGUCCUCGCGGACGCGGAGGUCUGCCGCAGGGAAUCAACCGUGCAAAGAAUCUGCUUAAGUUCGAAAACGACUACGAUUUCGAACAAGCCAACAGCAAGUUCGAGGAACUGCGAUCUCAGCUGUCCAAACUUAAGGUGGGCGAUGAAGCAAAGCCAGAGCAGGUAAACACCGAACAGUUAGACAAGCAGAAAGAUGAUUCCGGCAACGAAACUGGCGCCGGAGAGCACGAACAGGAAGAUGAGGAUCUCGUGUGCUAUGACAAGGCUAAGUCAUUCUUCGACAACAUCUCAUGCGAGGCGAUUGAGCGGGCCAAGGGCAAGCAACAACGCACAGACUGGCGGCAGGAGCGCAAGCUGAACACCGAAACGUUCGGUGUCGGAUCCACCCGACGUGGCGGUUACAACCGACGCGGCGGUUAUUAUAACCGUGGUCCGCACAACUACCGUAACAACCACCAAUACCGUGGCGGUAACAACUACCGGGGACGCAGUAAUAACCGCCCCAAUCAACCUAACGGUCUUCCUCACAACACCAGUCGCCUCAAUACUAACCAGCAGCAGCAACAACAAGCGCAACAGCAACAAGCAUCUCAGCAACAGCAGCAGCAACCAGCUGUUAUAGAGGUUGCAGCAGGCAAAUAAUGCUACAAAACAACAAAGGAUGUACUUUUACUUUUAAAAAGCUGACCAGAGUUCCGUAGAAGCUUAUCACCAAAAACAAAAAGACCAAGCAGUAAAAGAAAAUUGAGAACAUGAUGGGGUCCUGCUGCGGCAAAGCUGUACUUCCCGGAAGCACAAUUUGCAGCCUCUUGAACUCGGAAGCUUUUGAAAUCGAUGUAUCGUUAAUUACCACAGUUGGAAGGAAGUUGUAAAAAUGAGGCAAAUUGUGAAUCGUAAUGGACUCGAGAGAAGGCGUAUGGAAUUGCUCACAUAGGGUUAGAUAUAUAUACCGUAAUGCUGCUCGCAGCACCGCUCGCUGCGGCAGCAAAGGAGAGUGUGCGAAUCUAGAAGAGAAGCUAUUAGCAUUUAUCAAGACAAAGGACCAUCACCAAUAGUCGUUGUUUCCGACGGCGCGUUUCAGGGAAAACAAACAAAAAUGAGGACAACGUCGAACGUUUGUCCCCACCCCCAAACCGCCACUUUCCCAUACUGAACGAAGCCAAAUGGUAACGAACGAUUUGUUUGCGUGUGAAGAAGAAUAGAGAAUGCAACUAUGAUAGCUGAUAUGGAACUAUUUGUGGAAUCAAAGUGGAAUCGCCUUCUUUCCCUUCGAUUCAGUCUAACCGCCACGUGCGAAUAAGUUUGCUCGCGUACAGAUGAGAGUAAUUUUUCUAUUGCUGGCAACAGAAAAUGCGUGUCAUCAUCAUCGAGCCCGAGGAAGAUAUGGAUGCUCUUCCGAAAUAUAAAGACAAACAAAUGGACCACCAAGAAGAAGUGCUCCGAGACAGGACGAAGGGGAAUAGCAGCCGCAAUUGUGUAGUGGAGAGAUGUACAGUUCAAGAAGCAGAAGUCAUCACAGGUGAAUCAAAUGAAUUUUAGGUGAAUUUAGAAUCAUGGAAUACUCUCCGGAGGUGAGCGUGACAGCAGGACUUCCAUCAGAAACAAAUGUGCGGAAAGAUAGGAGAAUAGGAACUUUGUAGAAUUUUGAUGUCACGAGCGAGGAAGUGAAAGGGCAACUUAAUUGCGUUAAGAAUGAACAUAAUGAUUAAGCUAAUAUUGAAAAGCUGAGCGAAAUUCUCUCCUUGAGCAAAUGAGGAGAACCAAAAGUGUGAAGAGAAAUGACAAACGUUGAAGCAAGGAGCAAAAUUUAGGAUUAACUUAAAGAAACAUCGACGGAUGUCACCGUGGUAGAAGCAGAAUCGUUCCAGGAAAUGAGAUGAGGGAUGAAGUAGAUAAUUUCAACGAGAGGGGCCCGAGAGCAAAUACCGCCGGACUUUUCCCGAGGAAAUCGAAGAUUACAAUUUAUAUUAUUCAUGCCAAUAUAGUAGUAGCGUUACUGAAUUGAAUAUUCAAACGGUGUGUGAUAGAGUACUUACGAAGGCGCAAGGUGUGGAAAUAUUUCUUUAUUGUUUACCAAUUUCCUCACUACACUGCUUAUUUCCUUAUUAUCAUUUUCUCUUUUAAUUUAUAGUUUCUUUUUAACCUAACCAAAAAUGCAUGCAUUUUCCUUCAAGCGAGGAAACCCUGGUGCGGUUGAGAAUAGUUAUCUUUUGUUUCCUACGACUUGUUAAACAAAUUGGUUUAGUUUGAGUUAAGUGGGUUCUAGUUUUGGCGAUAUUUUGGGUUUCCGGCGGGCGUGAUUCCGGGGCUCUCUCUCGGCAAGCAACUCGCAAACGAUAGAAUGUUAUUUCAACAGGUAUACCCGUAAUCUCGCAUAGCAUUUCGUUGGAGAAGAAGAUUGUAAGGCAGAUUUUUUUUUGCUGGAGAAAGGAGUUUGAGAAGGUAGUGCAGAAUUGAGAGAAAUAUGUAAUAAUUAUGAUUAUGAUAAUAAUAUUGAAUAAUUAUAAAUAUUAUACGAUGAAAAAGGAAGUGAAGUUUGAUGGUGUAAUCAUUUCUCGGAAGAGCGUAAUACUAUUGAAUGGGUUUAGCGUGUCUUUGAUGGCGGUUGCUGUUUUGUGACUUAUGGUAAUAUGUGAUUGAGAUGUUUUUUUUUUACAUUGGAAGAUAAAUGUGAUCGGACAUAUUUUCUCGUGAUGUAUUUUAUAGGAGCGUUACUACAGAAAGUGUUCUGGAUAGAGUUCAAAUAGGUACAAAAAAAGCGAGGUGAGUAGUGAGCAAGGUUGAUCGAUCAGGCCUCCAGGAUUUAUUGGUAAACAAAAUAUCAAAAUAAUAAUGUUUGUUCCGGCCAUAUUUGCGUAUUCUCCGUAGAUGUGGUGUGGGUCGGGUGGAAUGGACGCUGCAGACGCCACUAUGAAUAAACCAAAUAAAAUGAACUACAAAAAAAGAAUCCUGAUCGAUUAGUUUUUUGAUUCACUAUGACAAAUUGAUUCAAUUUUCAAAUGAUCUCACGCUUUAGUUAAUAAUGACAGUAUGUUGCGAUUAGAAACAUGAACGCAAAACAGGGAGUGUUCCUGGUCAAAGUAUGUACAUAAGUGCCAGAGAACGACGAUGAACGCAUAUUUUUCCAUUCUUUGCAGUUACACUCCUGUCUUUAAUACUCGGCGCGAGUUUUUUUUAAUCCAAUAAAACAAGGUUUGUUUAUUAUUUUUCAAUUUUAACAGUUACGCUUCAAUAUUUGUUUAAAUUUCUCCAAAAAUGGUAAAGUUGUUGUUUUUAAUCAAAAUUGAUAUCACACUUGCUUUAAUAAAUCAAAACAGUUACCAUCUUCAAAUCAGUCUAAAACCAAUCCCUACACAAAACACAUACAUGAACAAAAUUAGCUAAAUCCUAAAUAUCUGAGAGUAAAAAUCAGAUGCAAAAGAAACAAAUCGAGCAUCGACUUAAAAUGAAUAUAAUUAGGGAAUAUCCAGUCGAUCAAUAAAACUUUAUAUUAACACUAUUAGUUUAUAAAAAAAACUACUCGGACUCGUUUUUUUACACUAUAUAUUAUAUGAUAGCAAGAAACUGUGAAACUUGUAUCGGGAAUGAACGCAUAACUAAACGAUGGCUAAAAUUUUCGGAUCGCCGCGGGCGCCUAACCAACCUGCACAUGGACGCGAUGGCCGGAAUGAUUCAAUGAACUAAAUGGGAACGAUAAAAACGCUAAGGAUCCAGUAAAUGGAAGAAGAUGGCUAAAAAAGAGUAACGACGAGUAGUGUUUUCUAUUAUUAAUAUUAUUAUUUGACGAGAGAAGAGAGACGAAGGGAAACGACGGGAUCCGACCGAUCGGAGAUACCUAUUGACUAUAUAUAUAAGAAUUUGUAUGAAGCCAGAAGAGGAGCUUAGAGAGAGGGAGUGAGGAGACAGUGUAGCAAUGGGAAAGGGAGAAAUCAUUUAAACUAGCACGAAAGUGGAUUAUAGAGAGUGCUAACCGCUUGAAAUGGAGAAAAAGACGAGAGUACAACAAGAUAAUGAAGUCCACAAAUAGGCAAGCGCGUGCAACGGCAAGGGAAUCGUAUCCGAGCAGGAACACUAUUUUAACAAUAAUCCCGUGCAGCGUACACUCAGAAUACACCAAGUCAGUCCAUAAAUACACCACCUUAGUAAAAACGUAAAAUUGACGGUCAAACGGAACCGAUAACAGCACUAACACAAUAGACAUACAUAGAACCGUGAUGUAAUGAUGUACAAUAUAAAGCUGAUAUUAAAAUGUAAGGACAAAGUGAGGUGACCUGGACGAAGUGUUUUCGGAAAGAACCGAAUCAGUUUACUAAACCAACCUAACAAACCCAAGCCAAAAUUGGUCCAAUACAAGUGCGCGCACAGUGAAGUUAAAGCAGAUAUUGCUGUUAAAAUCAGAACGCUAGAGAUAGAAAGAUUGUAGCAAAAAUAACAACAACUUUAUAUAUUUCGGGUCAGCUGGGAUGAAAGUGUAGUCUGAAUUCUGUUUGCAAUUGAAUAUGAUGAAUUGCGUGGGUAGCUAUGAAAUUCUAAUUUUCUUCUAGGGUAGGACAGGGCAAGAUGAGCACCCGAGGAUAGAUAUUAAUGCCUUCAAACCAAGCAUUCCUUUUUACGCAAUACAAUACUUUAGCACUGCAACCUUUUUUAUCAUACAUUCAUUAACAGCUAGAAUAGGGAAACAUGAUUCUAAAGGAGAAAGCAAAUAGGUGGUCAGUUUUACGUGGAAAACACUCUCACAACACGAGGGCACUUUUCUUGAAAAAUAUAUUUUCUUUAAUUGGACACCAAUACAUCACAAGAAUGCUUAUGUAUUCAUAUUGUUCAUCUAUGUUCAAAAAAAGGUUUGCUUAUAGUUAUUACAAUUUGAAUUCAAAAAUUUUAUAAAUCAACUUGGUUGAUACUCACAAAAUAUUUUACACUUCUCAUUGUUUAUUUUUUGGAAUCAACCUUUGCGAUCAUUUAUAUUUUUAUAAAAAUUCUGUGCAAGUUUUUUUUAAUUGUAGUACCAAGUUGUUUAUUAUUGAAGCAUGAGAGGUGUCUAUCUUGUUCUUGUCUAUCUCUAUGAGCUUAAUUUUUUAUGUUUCAACAACAAUUUAAGCAUCCGUUUUUGUAACUUAGUGAUAGGGUUUAUACCUAUUUCUUUUUCUAUACUUUUUUUUCUUCAAAUUUACAUCCUUCAUAUUCAUUAUUUCCCUAAAGAAGUGAUACUUUGCUUAUCUAUCUUUGCAUAGUAUGUGAAUCAAUAAUGUUUGUGUUUUUCACUUUCUACACAGCGAAUACUUUUUUAAAAGUUGUUCUAUCUUUGUCUAACUUAUUCUAGGUGCAUUUUUUGUAUUGUUGCCGAUAAUCAUAUAGGGGAACUAUUCCGUUUCUCAUCUUACUAAACAUAUAUUCAGCUCAUCGCAAAACAAACAAAAAAUACAGUACCAAUCUCGUCGCUUCUUUUUGCUAACAUGCACGCCCACUGCUGAAAAAAUCACAAAAAUAAGAAACAAAUCAAAUUCCUAUCCAUUGCUUUCUUUUGAUGGAAUAAGCAUGGGAGCUAUGAGAUGAAAUUCCGAACAGUUCCCCUAUACGUUUGUCACUCCCAAGUCAAGUCCAUAGUUCAUAUAUCAUUAUUGUUGAGCGCAAACAAAAACGACUGAAACCCUUAAACCCGUUUUUUACUCUUACAAACGUGUUGGAAAAUUAUUUGAAUUUAUAAAAUUGACUUAAACGUCUUGCAUGGAUAGUGGAUAAGCAAGUUUAUCACGAGGAACUCCAUUGAUUUUCAAUAACAUAGUAAACGGGCGUCUUGGAUACUAAAAGAGUGUGUAUAAAAUCCGACGGGUAGGGGUAAGUCGGGCAAGAUGGCCAUCCUAAGCGGUAAUCCUUGUAAAAUAGUGAAACUCCUUCGAAUUCUGCUGAUUUGUCCAUGAAACACCUUUAUGAUUACCUGCCUUUGACAUAAGUAUCAAUUAACACUGAUUAAUGACGUUUCAGUAUCUUAUAAACUGGUUUUAAAAAAGGUGUUUUUAUGAUGCCUUAUCAUAUGGGGCGAUAUGGCCACAACCUCUGGGCAAGGCGAGCGAGGACCAAGAAUUAUAUCAAAAGUAUGCUAAAUUUAUUUAGAACGGGUGACACAUUUCUUGCACUUCUAGGAAUUAUAUUUAAAUGAUGUUUCGCUUGAAAAUGUCGUAAUUCAUGUUGAUUUGUUGACCACUGGCUGUACGACAAUAUCUAAAUUUGCCUAAAGCUAAUUUUUACGAUUAAAACCAUAUCCGUUGUUUAAAUCAUCUCUGUUUCAGGCAAAAAUUAUUUUAAUGAUUUUUUAAAUGGAUUUAAGGGUUAGACGAUUCUUAAUCCUGGAGAUGACCUUGUUCCUUUACUUACUUUUUACACAGAUGGCAAUACCGCCCCAAGUCGACAUAUAUCCAAAGAUGUAUAUCCUAUCGAUCAUAAUUACUGUGAAUCUCCUCAAAUUAUAAGUGUAGAUAGGCUAUAGUUAUAUAAAAGCCUUGGUAAAUAUCAAUUUGUGCUGAAAAAUAGUAAUUUUGGCUUCAAACUUGCUGUCUUGCCCCAUAUGGCGAUCUUGCCCCACUUUUCCCUACGUACACGCUCACAGGCAGCAUCAUUAGGUCAGCGUAUCACGCAGAAAACAUCUUGUUUUCCAUUCGAUAUCAGAGGAGCAGCUGUGCAGUGCUUAAAGGUCUCAAGCAAGUGUCCCGGACGAACCGAGUAAAAUAUGAAUCGUGAAGUCAAUAAUAGAUUCUGAUGUGACACGUGAUACCAUUGUUCAAUACGCUGCAAAAAUCGAUUCUAUAGGUAUGUCCUGCGUGUCCAAACGUCUUGACUAAACUAAUCAAUCAUUUUCUAUAUAAAAAGUUAUCAUAGGCUACCCAUUAAAAAAAACCAAUGCUUAGACCAUCGGUAGCAGAAAAAUCUGAAAUUCAAUUGAAUGUUCAACAUAUGAAAUCAUAUACAAAACUAUGAAAGCCAUGCCAAGCUACAGCAGAUUAUCCUCAAUAACCCACAAGCAUCGGAAUAGCUCCUACCCAACUUUGCUUGAUGGGUGACUGAAUAGGAAAUGGCAACCACAAAAAUUUUAUCAUAUGGACAGUAUGUGCAAACAGAAAACAAAAGAAAAUAAGGCAACAGCAAAGAAAACAAUGAAAAUAUCAAACAUUAUAACUUUAUGGCCGAAAAAAAGAAAAAGAAGAUUGAAAAAAGAACAGAACACAAUUGAAAAGAAAUACAACAAAUAAGAGUUAAAAAAAUAUAUGAACUCUACCCUUCAAAAAACUAA